AUGUGGCGUUGGGCGUUUGGUGUGGCGAUGAUUUUCGCCGCGCUUGUCGAUGCUAACGCCUUCAAAAGGGCAGAGAUGUCCGCAUCCCCAUUCGUACUGAGCUCUCGGUACGGGCGGUCUCCACCUCGCAUGCUUGCCCCACGGAACGACAGGUUCUUUAUGAGUGGUCGCUAUGGAAAACGAUCAGAUACUCUAGAAAAUAACGAAAGAGUUAGCUUCUCGAUGACUGACAGCAUCCAGAGUGAGGAAGAAAGAUAUAAAGAAAAUGGAGAAGAAAAGGAGAUAGAAAGAGACAGAGAUAUAUUGCCUAAAUGGAAACCACAGUGCGACUGCACGCCGUUUACAAAGUCGAUGCCACUAAGAAACUUUUAUAAAAGGAGAUCUGAGGCUUUCGAUCCAGCUUCCGAAGAAGAA